AUGGCGCCGCAGGAGCCGGAAGGAGGCGAGCGCGGCGGCGUGAAGCGGCGGAAGGUUAACAAUUGUGUUUAUGACUCCACUAAAGUUUCUUGCUUCUAUGGCGACCUUGGAUGCACUAAAAAGAUUACCUACUACGAGAAAGAAGACCAUGAGAAAGUGUGCCCUCAUGGGCCGUGCUUCUGCCCUGAAACUGACUGCUCCUUCCGCGGAUCAACUGUGAUGCUCCAUGAGCAUUUUGCUUCAGUUCACAAGUGGCAUUGCGUCAGGCUUUCCUACAACAAGGCAUUCCGAUUCCGCAUUGCCCAGGGUUCAACUGUCCUCCAGGGUGAAGAUGGGCACCUGUUCUUGGUUAACAUGGUACUGGAGCCCGUUGGAGGUGUCAUCUCAGUUUUCAGCAUCCAGCCUAGCAUCAAUGAAUCAAAAUUCAUGUGCAAACUGGCAAUCUCAUCUCCUGAAUUGAGCUACUCGCAGGUUAGUCAGUUCCAAACGAGAAGCACUAAUCUGUUUGAUGGGCUACCGAAGGAUUGCUUCCUGUUUGUUGUGCCAAAGGUGCUGCUCCGAGAUACCGGUACAAAUGCCACAGCCAGUGUGAGUGUGACACUCAUCCCACCAUAAGUAUCAUGCACAGGUUACAGCUUAUGAUGUACGUACCACUGCCUGUUCAUAGCUGAGAUAUGAUCAGGGUGUCUUUCUGACCAUUUACUAGGUCUAGGUCUUCUUAUGUACAAAAAUUGAAAAAGUUGAUUGAAUGUGGAUGCUACAUUGCUACCAAAAAUGAGAGAAGAGACUUGCGUA